AUGGAAGUAGUUGGCAACUUCCCUCUGCCCUUACUGACCAGCUGACCAGCAAUGGAAAUGCCAACAGAACGUGAUCCUCAGUACAAAGGUGGGAAAAAGCUCAAACUGGAAGGCAAAGAUUUGAUGUCAGUGCCUCUCCAGAUCUUUGCACUGCAAGGACUGCGAGUUUUGGAGAUGACUCCGGAACGAGAGAGCUGCCUGAGGUACAGGAUGGAUCUCGUCCCUCGUGAGAUUGGCCACUUGCAAAACCUGGCCUUGCUCUGCCUGGACUCCAACAACCUGAAAGAGGUCCCUGCUGAGAUAGGCUCUUUAGGCAAGCUGGAGAGGCUCACUCUCAGCAACAACAGCAUAACCUCCCUGCCUGAGGAAAUAGGAGGCCUCCAGAAACUUCAUAGUCUCCAUUUGGCAAACAACAGCCUGGCAGAGCUCCCUACACCUGUUUGUCAGCUGAGGAACCUGGUUUUCUUAGAUGCUACCGAUAACCACAUCAGCACCAUCCCUGACACCAUCCAGCAGCUGCAGAAACUGGAAACAUUGCUGCUGCUUUUCAAUUCUCUCGGGCAUCUGCCAAGGGGAGUCUGUUCCUUAAAGGCCUUGAAGACUCUCUGGCUAGGACAGAACAACCUCAAGGCUCUCCCAUCAAACUUUGGUCAGCUGGUAAACUUGGACUGGGGUUCAAAUUACUGUUCCUGCAGCUUUGAAGGGAAUCCAUUGGUGCAACCGCCUCCUGAAGUGUGCAGUGGGGGACCUGUUGUGAUAAGAAAGUAUUUUGCCUCUUUAAGGGGAUAGAAAUAUAUGUGUAGGGUAAGUAGAGCUGAGAGAGAACUUAACAUUUACAGGGAAGCAUAUCUGAUUUGUACUUCCUCUAACAAUACUUGGCAGCCAUCAUUUGGAAUUCACACUUCUCCAGAUUUUA